CAGGAAGCGGCUGGUCGGAGUUUUGGGAGUUGCUGGACAGCCAUUGCCGUGUCGUGGCUCAGUAACAAAAUACCAAAAAGAGGAGAGGAAGACCUGGCAUUUCGCAGGCUCUUUUUUGGGGGGGGUGCACCGGUAGACGAAUUUACAUGAUUAAAAAAAUUGACACUCGGUAAAUUACGCUACACCUAAAAACGGGAUUUAACAGCUCCAGAUAUGGCGUUCAUCAUAGACUGGAUUUAUAGCGGGUUCAAUAGCGUACUACAGAUGUUAGGUCUGUACAGGAAAUCUGGCAAGUUAGUAUUUCUUGGCCUGGACAACGCUGGCAAAACGACGCUACUGCACAUGCUGAAAGACGACCGACUGGGGCAGCAUGUGCCAACCCUGCACCCCACCUCGGAAGAGCUGACCAUUGCCGGCAUGACCUUCACCACCUUCGACCUUGGAGGCCAUCAACAAGCCCGCAGAGUGUGGAAGAACUACCUCCCGGCCAUCAACGGGAUCGUCUUCCUGGUGGAUUGUGCAGACUUGGGCAGAUUGACCGAAUCGAAAGCAGAACUUGACGCACUGAUGACGGACGAGACCAUCGGCAACGUACCCAUCCUGAUCCUGGGCAACAAGAUCGACAGACCAGAGGCCAUCAGUGAGGAGAAGCUGAGGGAGAUCUUUGGGCUGUACGGACAGACCACAGGGAAGGGAACCAUCGCCAUGAAGGAGCUGAACACGAGACCUCUGGAGGUCUUCAUGUGCAGCGUGCUGAAGAGGCAGGGCUACGGAGAGGGCUUCCGCUGGCUCUCCCAGUACAUCGACUAGACCACCAUCGGGGGGGGGGGGGCUAAUCCCAGACCCUCAAGACGACCACCAGGACCAACACUCAGCCCCGCCUCUUGGUUAGAACGAGAGACCAGUACAACCGGAUCCCAAUAGACUUUUAUUGGUCGAACAUUUGGUUCCCACACACACACACACAUUUUCAUCUGUGUUUUUCUAACAUCUCAUUGGUUCCACAGAGAAAGGAGUACCCCCCCCCCCCCCCCACACACACACACACACACACACACACACACACACACACACACACACACACACACACACACACACACACACACACACACACACUCUCAAUGAGAGAGAGCAUCAUAGUUGUAUUCAUUGCAGUACACUUUUUUAACAGUAAAGACAUCCAUUCAACAUUCAACAUGGUAUUUAAUUGACUUUUUGGUUUGUCCUUUUUUUUUCCUUUACAUAAUAUUUUGGUAAAUAUUAACAACAAACAGCCCCCACCGUAGUGGGUGCGUCACCCAUUUAUAAUGGACCAGUGCAUCCAUCUUAGCUUAUCAGAAGGCUAAGUUAAGACUGAGGACGCUUUAGUUCCAGACUUCUGUCUCGUUGGCACAGUAGCUUUAUUUUAAAAGAGCAGCAUGGGGGGGGGGGGUUCUAGUAUUAGAUGGGAGAAUCAUUUUUAAUAAAUAAGGCGUGUCGUAAAAACCCCGAGAGGAGUUUGGUGAAAUCAUGUAGAUGGCUCACCGGUCAUUGGAUGAAAGAAGACUGACGUAACCAUGGCGACGGAGGGAGGCGGGGUGUUUGGACCUUUUGAACGGGUUGAAUCUAGUGACCAAGUGUAGAUAACGGAGGAUGCAGUCAGGCCUACAAGACCUCCAAAAAAGGGACCAUACGUGUGUAUGUGUAGAUAAUACACACAGACACACACACACACACACAUCAACAGCGGACAUGGAUUUUGUAUUUAUAACUGGUAUCCUUUGAUCUAUGUGCAUUAUCAGAAACUAUUAUGCAUGCCUUGUUCUUUUGAUUUUUAAUGACCAUUAUUCCACCACAUGAGGGGGGGGGAAGCCAAACUUUGGGAAUGAGUGGAUUGUCAUUUUUUUUUUUU